GAGAGGACGAAACAGCUGAACCCUCGCCGUCUGGAAGACGCCAGAGACCUGCAGGUCCAGGGUUAUGACGGUGCGUUCAGACAGUGGCAUCAAUUCAGUGGAAGUUAAGCCAAGGUGUGGCGGCUGCUGUACCUUUAUACCCAAUUGACGCCCCUGGUCCAGGUCCAGGUCCAGGUCCAGACCCUGACCCGGGUCUAGGAGGAGAAGAUGUCCUGCAGUCCGUCCAACGCCAGACGCCACCGCUCUGAUCUAGAGAGCGUGCUGGAGCUCCAGAGGGCCAGGAUGGUUGGGGAAAGUCUCGCUGACCAGGACCAGCUGGAGCUGCAGGGCAGGAAGAAGCUGGUCAGGUCCAAGACCUUCGACCAAUCGCUGCUGACUCCGGUCCAGACGGAGCUGGACCCAAAGCUGGAGAGGAAGAAGAGCCACUACAGCCAGCUGUCCAAGAGCAACAGCCAGUACCAUAAAAUAUUCAAGGAGAUCAGCAAGGAGGAGCAGCUGCAACAGAGCUACACCUGCGCGCUGCAGAAGGACAUCCUGUACCAGGGACGCAUGUUCGUCUCCGAGCACUGGAUCUGCUUCCACUCCAAGGUGUUCGGCCGAGACACCAAGAUCGCCAUCCCGGUCAUGUCCGUCACCAACAUCAAGAAGACCAAGACGGCCAUCCUGGUUCCCAACGCUCUGGUGGUCGCCACGGCAACGGACCGAUACGUGUUCGUGUCCUUCCUGUCCAGAGACAACACCUACAAGUUCCUGACGUCCGUCUGUUUCCACCUGGAGGAGAAGAGUCCCUGCAGUAGCCCCGCCCCCUCGCCUGCUGACCGCAGCUUCAGAGGUCAGAGGUCACCGGUGUCACCGCGCUUCCCUCUGAGAGACUUCAGCCUGGACGGAGUUCUGAGGACCAGGAGGGAGACGGAGGAGAGCAGCAGCUCCGAGUCCCCGGAACCAGAGUACCAGAACAUCCCAGAGGUCCUGCUGGAGAACCGGGUCCUCAAGGAGAACCGGGUCCAGAUGGAGAACCGGGUCCAGAUGGAGAACCGGGUCCAGAUGGAGAACCGGGUCCUGAAACCCGUCUCUCUCAACACUCUGCUGGUCGUCUACAUGUUUCUGGUGUGUGUCCUCGUCCUCUCCUCGUCCUACUUGGCCUUCAGGAUCGUGUCUCUGGAGCAGCGACUGGCGACACUCGGCUCCGUCUCCGUCUUCACGCAUCACGAAAGCAGCUCCUUCUUCUCCGGUUCUGACCUGAACGCUGAGCUUUUCUCCGAGCUGCUGACCGUCAACCUGCUGAAGCUGGAGAAGGUGCAGAAAAACCUCCAGAGACUGUUGGAAGAGGCCUGACCCGGAACCAGGAACCAGGAACCAGAAUCAGAACCAGGACCGAGAGAGACCAGGAUGUAAACAUGUGGUUUUCCGUUGCCAUGGUUACAAACACCGACCAGAUUCCUACAGAACUGGUCCUGGUUGGUCCCGGGUCCAGAACCGUCUCUUCCUCCAGAACCGUCUCUUCCUCCAGAACCGUCUCCUCCUCCAGAACCGUCUCCUCCUCCAGGAUAAACUCAUUCCUUCAUGUCCAGCAGCAGAAACACGUGUUUGGUUUUCAUUGAACAAGUUAGUUUGAAGUUGGUGAAAAAUGUUACAUUUAAUAAAGUUUUCUUUACAAAAUCAAUAUCUGCGUUAAAAAAGGUUCAAACUGUCAGGAUGUUUGUUUCAACAUGUUAUCAAUUAAUCACAUGUUUGGGGGAAUGUUGAGGUGUCUGGGGUAUUUGGGGUGAAUAACCACAGAAAAAUCUUUGUAAAAUAACUUGUA